AUGCUUCAACAUUCCACACUGAAAGAAGCAAGUUUUAAUAGUACCACGUUAAAUAAUUUGAAAUUCAGGUACUCUAAUUUGAAUAAUGUUACGUUUUAUGAUGCUAAAUUAGAUGAGAUUAGUUUCACAAAAGUUGACCUGAAAAAUGCUAACUUUAGUGGAUCUACAUUGGCUAAUAUUGAUUUCACCAGUGUCAAUUUACAAAAUGCAUCAUUCACCGAUACUGUAGUGUUAUCAUCAAAAUUUAUUGAUACCAGUUUCGAAGGAGCACACUUCAGUAAUGUUUCGUUCUCAAGCGAUAUUAACAUUACUGCAUUGAAUUUAACAGUGGAACAGGUCGCUGGAAUCCAAGUAAUAACUACAACACCACUUUCUUGCGAACCAUUUCUACGUCCACCGUCUGGUACUUGUUCAAAACCAACGUGGAGCGAGAACGCAACUACACUUUUGUUUUUGGACUUUGGAUUGCGUUGGAAACCACACGAUAUAUUUAUGGAUCGAUAUGAUAAUCUCUAUGUAGUUGAUAAAAGUAAUCGCAGAGUAAUAGUAUUUCAAACCGGUAUUAACGUAGGUAGUACAGGUGUGGUCGAUAUAGAAGCAAAUGAUGUCUUCGCCGAUUCAGACGGCAACAUAUUCAUUCCAACUAGUGCCCCUGACGGUCUGAUACAAAAAUGGAAGUUACACAGUAUAGAACGCGGCGUCAUAUUGGCUAACGUAUCUGGACAGCCGCUUGGAAUUUUUGUCAGUAAUAAAGGAAAUAUUUACGUAACGGAACAUAUAUCGAACAACAGAAGCAGAAUAUUAAAAUAUCCGAAUUCAACAUACAAACAAAUUGUUAUCUAUACUCGUCAAGCUUUACCUGAAGGUCUGUUCGUAGAUCAAUGUGAAAAUGUCUAUUGGGUAGAUGAAGCGUUUCACCAAGUUAUGAAAUUUAAUAAUCACAGUGCACGAGGGGAAGUAGUUGCCGGUGUACCAUUUAUUCCAGGUAACAGCUCUCAACAUUUAAACGGUCCAAGAGACGUCAUUCUUGACGCGUAUGGCAAUCUGUACAUCGCUGAUCGGAAUAAUCAUCGUAUUCAACGUAAAAGUGGUAAUACUACAGAAAUGAUAGCUGGAAUACCAGGUAUAGCAGGCAGUGCUAACACACAGUUGAAAUUUCCGCAAAGUUUGGCGUUUGAUUCACAUUGGAAUUUAUAUGUUUCGGAUUCAGACAACGAACGUAUUCAAAAAUUUCAGUUUGAAAGCGGAGACUUGUGGUGUUAG